UAAGCAUAUGAACUAAACAAAAAAAAAAGAAUCAGAGAAAAACAUUGUGUUAUUUUGGAGUAUACAUGAACAAAAUGAUUUGAUCGUAAAAUACAUUAUACAAAAUUAGUAACUAUUAAAAAUGUCAAAAUCACUGGUUAAAAAGGCGUUAAUUUUAGCGGAAGAAGGUUUGAAUUGUUCUGAAAGGGAGAAAAAUAAGGAAGAGAAACACAAUCGAAUGUCAUCGCAUCAGGCAUCAUUGAAAAAGGUUGGCAAACGAAGACACAAUAUUUCUAAAGAAGUAUCGAAACAGCGUGGAAAUUUUACAAUAAUGGAAGCACGAAAAAUGUUACAAUCUCGUAAAGAUAAUACCGAAGAUAACAUUCGGAAACUGUUGUUGCUAAGUUCCACAGGCGUUGAAAAAAAUGCUAGUGCCAAGUUGGUUAAAAGAGCUCAGACGGGGCGAUAUGUGGUAGAAGCGAAGGAAUUUAUGACACAGCAAGGACAAGAACAAGGCGUUUUUAGCGAAGAAGAUUUCACUGCAUUUGAAAAAGAGCUUGAGCGAAUAAGUUAAAAUAGUAGUUUAUUGUUCCAGUAA